CGCUUCUUGACAGGCAUGACCGCGACCUUCCAACGCGUCGUCCUCGCCCAGCCCGAGAUCGCAUCCAUGAUCUUUGAGUUUCAGUUUGGUCUCUACGAAGACGUGCGCCCGGCCUUCCGCGCCUGUAAGGAGCUCAUCGCGUAUGGCGUCAAGCGCUACAUGUACGAGAGCGACGUGUCCUUCUUCGCGACGUUUGCGCCGCACGCCGCGUGGCCCCGCACCUCGAAUGUCUUCGGCGCCCCGAGGUAUUGCCUGCACCCGCGUCAGCGCGACGAGCGCUUGCCGCUGCACAUGGCAGUUGCCGGUGGCUGCGUGGAACUGACCAAACGCAUGCUUCGUUGUCGGCCCGACCUCGCCUCGGAAGAUAUGAUCGUCUUGGCCUUCCACAAGGACCGCCUCGACCUUGUCGAGGUCCUGCUCUCUUUGCGAGCGACUGUUCCCGAGCUACAGGCGCGCGGCCUCAUGAAUGAAACGGAUGGGCGCCCAGAGUACAGCUGCUAUUUGACCCGCAUCCUCGCUCGAGACGACUCGAAGCGGCUGAUUUUGGCCGAGCGCUUUGGCUUGCGCCCCGACGAGUACACGGCGUAUAGCCGACGCGAAGCGUUCCUGCAUGCAACGCUCGAGAACGCAACACUCGCGCUCCAACUGUUUCCUUGGCUUUGCUACUCGGGCAUCUUGGACGAUGUCGCGGGCAAAGGGUUCUUGCCGCUCGUGAUCUCACUGCACGAACGCGAGCUCAACUGCUCGACGAAGGCGAUGGACACGGCCGCUGCCAACGGCCAUUUGGAGGUCGUUCGCUUUCUGCAUGAGCACCGACGCGAAGGGUGUACGACGAGGGCCAUGGACGAGGCGGCGACCAAUGGAAACUUGGAGGUUGUCCGGUUUCUGCACGCUAGCCGAACGGAAGGCUGCACGAUCGAGGCGCUUGACGGCGCCGCUCGUAAUGGUUUGCUCGCGAUUGUCCGCUUCCUCAUUGAGCACCGCGCUGAGGGCGCAUCGCCCCACAUUCUCGACGCGGCCGCCGCAAAAGGCCACUAUGGUGUCGUCCAGUACCUCCACAGCCUUGGCUCAUUUGACGCAACCGUCGCUGCUGUCGACGACGCUGCGAGAUUCGGUCAUCGAGAAGUCGUCGAGUUUCUCUUGACCAACCGACGCGAAGGCUGCACCCACGACACGGUCGUCCAGAACGCGCUCGAGAAUGGUCAUCUGCGCACAGCCGCGUACCUCCUCUCGCUCAAGUACCGGUUUCCAACUGGGAGGAUGAACUGGAACGCGGAUAGCUUCCACAAGCCCGAGAUCGUUGGUGUCCUCCAGAUGUACAUGGACCACGGCGGGCCGUGGGACGACAACUGGAUGUCGUUUGCGUGCGAGGCCAGCAACUUGCCGCUCGUUCAGCUCCUUCACAAGAACGCGACGGCUCGGUGCCGCCCCAACGCGCUCAAGACGGCGAUCAACAACAAGGCGUGGGUCGUCGUGUACUUUCUCCUAGCCAACGGCGCGGCCGACGUUACGUUGGAUGUGCUCAGAGCUCUGCUGUGCAUGGAGCGCUUCGACGAUGUGACGCACCUUUUGCAGUUUUCGCCAAAGCAACGUGAAUUCGCCCAACUCUUGCUGUGGGCUGCGCGAACCCACCGCACCGAGGCGACACGACAUCUCCUCGCCCUCGGUAUCGGCGAGCCACGUGGGUGCCUCGUCGAAAUAGCCGGUUGCAAACAACACGUGACGGAGAGCACGCUGGCAUUGCCGUACUGUAUGGAUGCGACGGACCAUCUCGGCAACGUCAUCUACCUUCUGCGUCUCUACAAGGUACCUUGUCGCCGCCGCGCAACGGUGCUACGACUCAUCACACAAGAACUUACGCACCAAGGAAGCAAGGCCAGCCAAACCAUCGAUAUGCCACCUUGCGUCGCGGCGCGCGCGACAGCGUUGUUGGCGCUAGGGGCCGUUGUCGACUGGGCACUGGCCCUUGUCAUUUGUCAUCUUCAUGCAACCCACGCCGCGACGACCACGUCGCAGCUCCGUAAGGAGGCUGCACUAGUCCAGGACCUCGAUCUCAAGAUACAGCUGACGCGCCUCAUCCGUAGCAAGCAAAUAACGUCCUAGCGACGUACUUGGAGUGCAAUCCGGUCGAUUGAUGUCGAGAUAUGGACAUAAUUGUCCAGAAUACGAAAAACUACUUUUAUACGAGCAUA